AGAAUGAAACUUUUGCUGUUGGCUCUGGUUCUCACUGCCUCCAUCUGUAUCAAGACGUCAGAGGCCCUGGCAUGUACUGCCAACUUUUGUCAGUUGGUGGACUGCAUGCCAUAUACUUCUGAGAACUGUGUUGGGAAAAUUGUUAAGAAUGGCGGCAUGUGUGGCUGCUGUGACGCUUGUUUGAAGGUUCUAAAUCCAGGUGAUACGUGCUUCAGUCUGAUCCUAAUGGGAGCCCCUAAUACAGUGACCUGCCCUGAUAAUUACCACUGUGAUCAUGUGAGUCUCAAAUGUAUCGCUAAUAAGUAGAUGGAUUCGUUGGCCUAGAGUUGCUGGGCUACAAGUUAAAGGAUGAUUUAUAUGCAAGAUGAGUUUGCAUGGAGUCUACAGCAAACAGAC